AGUGUUCACUUCCCCUCUCCCACUCGUGCCUCCAACCUCCCGAUAUAUCACACCUGUACCCCCCCCCCUCCAAGAACUUCACCUCUUCCUCCCCAGCCUCAGCCAGGUCCUGAUAAACCACGGGAUCACCCUCAGUCCCGGGAACCUUUUCUCCCUACUUGCCCUUCUCCACCGUACAUCAAUUGGCCCCCACCUUGGGUUGAACAACCAAUGUCGACACCAUCAUCAUACCAGAGUAGCGCAUCCUACGAUCCAAACCUUCCGCCAGCCCCCCCGCCAAAGCCUAUAUCCUCGGCUGCGGGUUCCCGGACCACCUCGCCUAUGCCCACAGGAGCUCUUCCUGCGCCUCCACCGCCUCCACCGCCUCCACCUCCCCCGACAGACGAUGGGUUCGUCCCAUCUGUGUUGCUGAACAAAUCGUAUGAUCCCUUACCCUGACCUUGCCCACCGCCCAUAAUUUGUUCAUCCGUCCAUUCAUCACCCGAAAAUUGCUUACUGACUGAAAAAUAAACUAAAAAUUCAUAGACGCGACGAUUUAGAGCACAUCCUCAACUCACCGCAAUUACUAGAAGCACUCUUCACGACUACCCAUCCUACGGCGGCGAGUGCCGACGCGGUGCUCAUUGCGAACUUGCAGUACAAUGCGGACUUAGCUUCUCGACUUGUCGCGCUCGAAUCCAAACUCGCAGCAGCUAGGGAGGGUACAGAAAGGGCGCUCGUGGAGACCAGGCAGUUGGAAAGGACUUGGAGGGAUAGAGAAAAGGAGAUGUACCAAGCUUUGCAGCCGUUCUCUUCACCGGCGUUGUAUAGCCGAUUGGUUAAUGCUGUGGGCGACGCCGAGGCUGUUGCCGAUGCGAUGGCAGAGUCAUUUCUGGAAGAGGGUGGGAGGGAUGUUGGCGAGUUUGUGAGGGAGUAUAGGGCGCUGAGGAAGACGUAUCACCUGAGGAAGGAGAGGAAGGAGAGGUGGGAUGAAGGGCGGGUUGGGGGGUGGAGGUAGAUGGCUCUCGGGAAUGGAAAUUACGGAUGGGUAUUGGGAAAGGCGUUUGGGCGGGUCUCUGGAUGUAGGUAGUGGGAUAUCACUCGGGGAAGCGAGGGAAACAUCACUUUAUGAACUAGAGGGAGCUUAUGGGACUUUUUCUUUUUAUAUAUUUUUUGUAGAUUAUCCUGCCCGAUCCUAGACAACUCUCUCCACCUU